AUGUGCUCCUUGAACGGUAACCAUGCGCCCAAAUACAUCAAAGUCGUGUGCUCCGACUGCGGUAACCAUGCGCCCAAGCACAUCAAUGUCAUCUCUUCAGGCAUGUCUGACAGUGAAGACGACGAAUUUUCCUUGGGUCAGUUCUCAGAUUGCGACUCCGAUGAGGAAUUCUUGCUACAUGAACACAACGACGACGAUGACGAGAACAUGAUCAACUUUCCGGAAGAUGAAGAUGAAGAAGGCGCGGAUGUAGAUUCUGAGGACGAGUUGGGUGACCUCGAUGAACACCCCGAUACUAAUGUUAUCCGCUACCGUAAAAAUGUCCCAUUUUCACCACAAGUUAGUGAUUAUGAGGAUCCAGGGGAAUUUCUAAAGCCGGAUUUUGGGGUCACGAUGGAAUCUACUGCUCUAGAGAUUCUACAAAAAUUCUUGGACCCCGAAAUUUUGGAUGAAAUUGUCCUUCAGACCAAUGUUUAUGUUCAACAACAAAGACGGGCGAAUCGAAAUACAAUGAAGGAUUGGUCUCCAGUGAAUGGGGAAGAAAUAUGGCAAUUCUUCUCUCUGGUGAUGAUGAUGGGGCUGGUUAUAAAGCCGGAGAUCAAGGACUACUGGUCCACAGACUCGAUGUUUUGUACCCCAUUUUUCGGUCAGGUCAUGUCAAGGAAUAGAUUUGAGUCAAUCCUUCGGGGAUUCCAUCUUGUGGAUAAUGACACCGUCCCACCCAACAAUAAAGAUCGGUAUAUAAAGUUUGGGAGUUUUAUGGACAAGUUAUUCCAAAAUUUCCGCAAAGCAAUAAAUUUGGGAUCAUUUCUCACGGUGGAUGAAACUUUGCUCUCGUUCAAAGGGAGGUUAUCUUUCAAGCAGUAUUUAAAAGACAAGAGAGCCAGAUUUGGAAUGAAGCUAUAUCUCCUCUGCGAUUCGGCUAGCAGAUUUGUCCUCAAAGCUCUUCCUUACCAAGGAAGAACUACCAAAAUAGAGAAUUCAAGCUGGAUUCAAGAACUUGGAUUUGGUGGCGCUACUGUGAUGACUCUUCUUCAUGGCUAUUUUAACAAAUUUCAUAGAAUCACUAUCGACAAUUGGUUCGUGUCUCCGAUCUUGGCAUUGCGAUUGAAGCAACUUGGUACGUACAUACUUGGCACCGUACAGAAAAGAAGAAAGCUGAUGCCAAAAUGGACGGACAAAUUAGCAAAGGGACAAGUUGCGACUUAUUCUUCUUCAGACAUUUUAGUGGAACGGUGGUCUGACCGGAGAGAAGUGAUAAUGCUGAACACAUUUAUGGGACACCGAAUGGAAGAAAUCACAACCACAAACCCCAACAACAACCGAGAGAAACCAUCAACUGUUCUCGUUUAUAAUGCGACAAUGGGCGCUGUGGAUAACGUCGACAGAGUCAGCAAGCCAUUCACAUCUGUCCGCAAAUCCUUCAAAUGGUACAGGAAAGUAUUCUUCUACUUCUUGGACAUAGCAAUUUACAAUUCUCACAUCAUUCACUCUUCUUUCCGGCCAACGAAGGAACACUCAAGUUAUAAAGAUUUUGUACGAAUUAUAAUCAAAGAAAUAUUAGAAAAAUAUCCACCACAACGUCUAUCAUUGGGGAGGAAGUCCAACACCCAGUCGGAACGACGAAUCGGCACCCACUUUCCAGAAAAGAUGUUAGAAGAUAAUGUCUCCGUCUUCCGGGAUUGCCACCUAUGCUGUUUGGAAGGCAAAAGGCGCACCACAGCUUUCAGAUGUGAAACGUGUCUGAAGUUUUUCUGCAUAAAGAGCACAGACUCGUGUUUCAAGAGAUUUCACACGCUUUCGAAAUUACCCGUCAAAAGGAAGCGAUCUAACGCCAAUGCAUCUUCAGCAUCGACGAGUCAAAGCAUUAUGUACCAAUCAGUACCUCGGUCUGAAACUGACUCUGAAAUUGGAUUAGGAUUCGGUGAGGCGAAUGAAGUGAGAUUUCAAGAAGCGGAUUUUGAAUCAAAUGUUGUAGUAAUGGAGGAGGAGGAAGAACUGUUUUCCAUUUAA